UCGCCGCCCCGCCGCCCGCGGACGACGGCGCCAAGAUGAAGGGCCUCUUCAAGUCCAAGCCGCGGACCCCGGCCGACGUGGUGAGGCAGACGCGCGAGCUCCUCAUCUACCUCGACCUCCACUCCGCAUCGCGCGGCACCGACGCCAAGCGAGAGGAGAAGAUGGCAGAAUUAAGCAAAAAUAUAAGGGAAUUGAAGUGUAUUCUCUAUGGCAACGGCGAACAUGAGCCUGUGACUGAAGCUUGUGUGCAGUUGACCCAAGAGUUCUUCAGAGAGAACACUCUACGAUUAUUAAUUAUCUGUAUUCCGAAAUUAAACCUGGAGACCAGGAAAGAUGCUACUCAAGUUGUUGCAAACUUGCAAAGACAGCAAGUCUCCUCGCGGAUAGUUGCGUCUGAGUACCUAGAGUCAAAUAAGGAUCUUUUAGACACCUUAAUUUCUGGGUAUGAGAAUAUGGAGAUUGCUUUACACUAUGGUGCCAUGCUGAGGGAAUGCAUACGCCAUCAGAGUAUUGCAAGGUACGUUUUAGAGUCUGACCACAUGAAGAAGUUCUUUGACUAUAUACAACUUCCAAAUUUUGACAUAGCAUCAGAUGCUUCUGCAACCUUCAAGGAACUUCUGACAAGGCAUAAAGCAACCGUGGCGGAAUUUCUUUCCAAGAACUAUGACUGGUUCUUUGCAGAAUUCAACUCUAGGCUGCUAUCAUCAACCAACUACAUAACAAAAAGGCAAGCAAUCAAGCUGUUGGGAGACAUGCUGCUUGAUCGAUCAAAUUCUGCCGUCAUGAUGCGAUAUGUUGGUUCGAAAGAUAAUCUUAUGAUUCUGAUGAAUCUCUUAAGGGACUCAAGCAAGAACAUUCAAAUAGAAGCAUUCCAUGUGUUUAAGCUGUUUGCUGCAAAUAAAAACAAACCAGCUGAGGUUGUAAACAUAUUGGUUACAAAUAGAAGCAAGCUUCUUCGCUUCUUUGCCGGAUUCAAGACUGACAAAGAGGAUGAGCAGUUUGAGGCAGACAAGGAGCAGGUGAUAAAAGAGAUAUCGGCACUAUAAUGUCCCUGAUGUAGCUUGCCGAUGAUUUUAAGUUAGCCAUUGCUAAGUAGCCUCUCGUGAACUUACUGUAUUUACCGCACCACGAGAGGCUCUUGCAUGGACCCGCCAUUAUGUUUCUUAGCGAAGCUGCUCUUGUAAUAAUAGGCUUCUGCACAUUAUCAUGUUGGGAGUCGAGCAACUGUAUGAAUCAUAUAGCUGGAUGCUGCUAUGAAGAUGUGAUAUUUAUGUAGUUUGGUUACCCUGGUUGGUUUGAA